AUGGUGCGGCGUGGUGUGGGGCCGUGGUGGAGCGUCCCGCAUCCGUCGGACAACAUGGCCCGGAAGUCUCUCACCGGUCUCAGCUGGUCGGAUACCGCCGCCGCCGCCAACAACAACGGACGGACACACUCUCGCAAGCGGCGGGAGUGCGUGCUUACAAAGGAAACUAUCGAUUUCGCGACAUGA